CCAUUUUUUCCUUCUGGAGGAGAGUGAAACAGCACAAUACAUCAUUUGUUUUACUUAAAUGUAAAUCAUAAUUUCAUAUCAAUUAGGUAACUUUGGCGGCUGCAUUUUGUCCUGUGUGGUGCGUGGUUGGUAGUGCAUCGUCCAGGUGGAUUGCACACUUCCGUGACACCAGGACUGGAGCGCUCGCGGAUUGGUAGCAAGACUAGAAAAUUGUCGACGCGACAGCCAUCCUUUAUAACCCGAGACGCCAAAGGAAGCUAAGGAGCAAUGUAUCAGGUCCCUGUUGGAAACUUGGAGAACAUCCGAAAAACAAGGAGAAAAGUGAAACACAUUCUAAGUGAUUUUGGACUGGAGGAUUGCCAAAAUCUUCUUGAAGAGCUGCAGAAGGAGAAGAAGAACUCUGAUGAAGAUUCUGAUUAUGAUGAUCAAGCAUUCCAGGAGACCGAUUGGGUGGACCUUAGUGAGCCAUUCCCUGGCAAGAGGAAGAAAAAGUGGCCGUACCGGACACGCCUGUUAUGCUGCACCCUCUGCAAGUACUCCACCCGCAACUGGUACUCCUACAAGAGUCAUCUGCAGCGCAACCACGAGUAUGAGAGGAACAUGUGUUCCCUGGUGCCCUGCCAGAUUUGUCCUUUUGUCGCCCACCCCAGAGUCCUUAAGAAACACCUUCUGUUCUUCCAUGGCUCGCCGAAGGUGGACCAAGACCCGGCGCCUUUAAAUUCAACCGCCAAGAAAGUGGAGCGGUUUAAGUGUCGCAAAUGUCGAUACGUGGACUCAAACCUGUUCUCCAUGAAGAAGCACGUCCUUUUGAACCACUUAGAGAAGCUGUGGCACCACUUCUCAGGCCGGAGAUCAGACGCUAAGUUUCCCCACUCAGCCUCCAGGCAGUUUUGUAAGGUGUGUAAGAUGGCCAUAGAUAACACGGAACACAUGUUGCACCACAUCCUGGCCUCGCCCGCACACCAGUGGGCUUGCGCUCAGAUCCGAACCUGGAUCAUGGAGAACACUCAGUACGCCAAGUCCUUAAACUACCAAACACUAGCCCCUAAAAACCAGCUGCCCUCGGGUUACAGCCCAGAGCAGCUGGCGGGGAAUCCGCUGUCCGUGCAGCAGCCCAACGGCGGCACGGCUUUCUCCGUGAUGCAGGGACCUGCGCCCAACAGCUCCACCUUUGUCUGCGCCCCAGGACCCAACCAGAACCUUCUCCCCCCUCAGGCGUCGGCUCUGGUCCAGCUGGCCAGCGCAGAGGCGAAGGGCCUUCUCCAGCCCGGCGCCGCUGUCACUCUCCAGAGUGCCCUGCAACAAGGGGCAAUUUCUGCCAACAUGCCCAUUGGUCAGACCAUGGUCAGAAUGCCCUCUGGCUCGCUACACGGUGCUCACCACAGCCAGGUGCCUCUCAACAUAGGGGUCCCCGGCCAGCAGCAGCCCCAGCAGGUCUUCCUGCCUCCGGGGGUGCAGGUCAGCAUCCCAGGGAUGCACCAGCCCUUCAUGGUGGCUCAGCGGCUUCCCCUGAACCAGAGUGCCCACCAGGGUGGCAUGCUCCAGAGCGGCCCACAGGGCACUAUGCUAACAUCCCAGUCCCUCCUCAGCCACCUCGUCCCCACGGGAAACAAGGUCAACGGCAUGCCCACGUACACCUUCGCCUCCCCGGUGGGCAUGCCCAGUCAGGCGGGCAACGUCCAGCUGAUUGGCAAGGGCCCGUUACCCAGCUCUCAAAACGCUGCUCCGCCGCCGCCGCCUCCACCCGUCAAGCCAGCGGGGAACCCCGCGCUUAACUCCAAAGCCAAGAAGUGGAUCACCUGUCCCAUCUGUAAUGAGCUGCUCCCCUCCAACGUCUACGAGGCCCACCAGCAGGCUGCUCACAAGGCCCCACCCAGGACGGCGAGGCAGCAGGGCCUGGCUGCGCGCGCUCCCUUCCUCAGGAAGAUGCCGGACAAGACGGUCAAGUGUCUGAUGUGUAAGAUCCUGCUCUCGGAGAAGGGUCUCUUUGAGCACCUGCUGCACGGGCUCAACUGCCUCUACUGUCCCGGGAUGUUUUACUCCAUCCAGCAGCUGGUCGAACACACCAACACCCAACACAGUCCGACACAAAAGGCCAACUGUGACUUCAUGAGGCGGGAAUAUAGACUGUACACAGACGACAGUGGGAACCUUCUGUUCCCCUACUUUGAUAUCAAUACCACAGCCCCCAAAGAGAUAAUGGGAGAGGCCGAGCUGAAACUGGCCCUGGUCACAAACUCUCUGGACCUGAUUUUCUUAAAGAUGCAGCCUGGCAGUAAACAGGAAGUGUGUCGGAAUCCAAGUAAGACUUCACGCACCGACUGCCCUUUCUGCGAAGAGAAGUGUGUCACGGUAGAAAACUACCACAACCAUCUCAGCACGAAGCAUUGCAUAGCGCCCACAGUGCACGCUAUCCUUAAGACCGCAGCGUUUAAAUGCAUCUACUGCAACGGCGUCUACACGGGCAAGACAACGCAAAGGGCUAUAGUCAUCCAUCUACAGCGCUGCCGUCGUGCACCCAAGACCCCGAAAGAUGUGGAAAGACUCCAGCCUGUUCCCACCAAUGGACACAAGCAGCAGCAGCAGCAGCCGCAGAAAGUCAUGGCCCUUAACCAGAUGAUUCAGGGGCCAGGUCUAUACUCUGCCCAUCCCCCUCCUGUUCCCACAUCAGUGCCUGCCUCUGUUCCCGCUCCUGUCCCCCAGCCCUCUGAGUCCCAUGCUGAGCUGCAGAGCAAGCUGAGGCUGGAGGCUGCUUUCAAGGAGGCCAUGGAGGCCAACAAGAAAGAGAGAGAGGCCCGGGCAGCCUUCCGGAAGCAACGAGAUCGGGAGAAACGAGAGCAGGCAGCCCUAGCCCAGGCAGCCUUAGCCCAGGCAGCCCAGGCCGCCGCCCAGGCCGCUGCCCAGGCCGCCGCCCAGACUGCCGCCCAGACUAUUCAGCUGGCGCUGGACCCAAGCGGGAUGGAAAAACGCCCGUCUGAAGAGCGUAAAGACUUCCUCACCAGAUACUUCCAUGCCAAGCCGUAUCCAACCAAAACUGAGUCUGAGGAGCUAUCCAAGAGGCUUUGGCUGACCCGGACUGAGGUUUCCACACUGUUUGGAAUGAAGCGCCUCAAGUGUAUGAAGGCAAUACAGAAGAACAGCCCUACCAUCCUCAUGGGCUUCAACAUGACUGAGCUGAAUAAACUAAAGCACAACCUCCUCAUCCCAGAUGUGGAGCCUGUAGAAACAGAAAAGGUAGCUGACCAGGAAUUGGAAGCAGAGGAACCAGAACAGACAAAUUCUCCAGAACAGGAACCAGAAAUGGCUGUUCCAGAAGAGAAACCUUCAGAACGAGAGAAAGUGGAUGUUUCUGAAAAUGAACAUUUAGAACCAGAACCAAUGGCUAUCUGACUUGUCACCUCAGAGUGCAUGUACAGUAUAUAUUGACAUCCUUGCACUUUAGAAACAUAGCUUUUUCUUUUGUAAUAAGUUUGGGGGGGAGGGGUACUCACCACACUUUGUUAUGGUAUUGGCAGCAUUGCAGAAACAAUUUUAUUUUCAUAAACAGUAGAUGGCACUGACUGAAUAAUUGGUAACCCGGCACCAGUGUAUGGAAGUGUAUAAAUGCUUCUUGUAAACAUUUUGCUAUCUUACUGAACCUUUUUAUUUCCAGUUUAUUAUUGGUUAUUCUGAUACUUUUCUGUUUUGUUGGGCAGGAAAGUAUUAAUAAUGGGAGUUUUUGGAGAGGGAGAAGCGGGCUGCUUUAAAACCAAUGCUGCAACGGUACAUGUGAGCCAGUGGCAGCAGCUUAGGGCGCUGGAACGUCCUAGGACAACCACAAACUGUUUUCAGUUAGCACUUUAGGUUGUGUGUGUGAUAGGAACUUAAAUUGGGCUUUCUGGGUUCUCAUUCAGUACUGGGUUCUCUCUAUGAUUACCAAUGACCAAAUUAAGUGUUUAAAGAAAAGAGCUCCCUUCCUGCAGUCUAACUUGAAAGGGUUUGACAAUGAUGUGCGGUUAUUUUGCUGCCUAUGGGUCCCUCUGUGUGCACGACAUCAUGAAACCUUCAAAUGAUUGUGUUCUGGAAAGCAAUGUAAAUAAAAUAAAAGCCGUAUCACUGUUAAAAGGUUGUGGGUCUUCAAAAAAACACAACCCCAAAAACACAUGAAGAGCACCCUGUAAUUGUUGGAUAAGAAGCACUGAACCAAUGGUGAUAGCUGAAACAGCUGUUGGUAGAGGAUACCCAAACAUUGACUAGGGUGGUGUGUAGGAAGAUACAGUGAGUUUAUUGAAGGCUAUAAGAAGCUGUUUUUGGCCGGAGGCUGUGUAACCAAGUACUUUUGUCCAUGCAAUUGUUUUUCGUUCAUUGUCUUUACAGCAUUUACAAUCAAGUUAAUUGCUUCUACGAUGUUAAAGAUUGAAUAACGAGGGGUGGACAUGUUUUCUUUAAUUUUUUUUAUGGAAAGUUCUUUUCAAAGGAAUGAGAAAUAAUUUAGAAGUGCAAGGGUGCCAAAUGUUCAGUCGCAACUGUAUAUAGAUACCUUAACCUGGCUGACUGCAGCAGAUUGCAGUGCCCUGAAAUGUAUACUUUUAUAUGGAUGUUGCGCUCUGCUUGUGUUGUGAAGUCAUGGUAGAUUUAAUUGUAGAUGUUGACUUAUUACUCUCGUUUUCGUAGAACUAUACAUCUAAUAGUGACCUCACGGGCUACUUGUUCUGACAGACUUCUGCAUACAAAUGUGUAUGUGUGUGUGUGUGUGUGUGUGUGUGUGUGUGUGUGUAUAUAUAUAAAUAUAUAUAUAUAUAUAUAUAAAACAAUCUAAAGCUAAGUGAGGAUUUUAUUAGUGGGUCAUUGCUGACUCAAAUGGUGAUUCUGGGUAACACUUAUCUUUUGAAAGAAUGUGUUAUGUUCUUAAGCAACGGUUAAUCCACAACAGCCUUUGGGAUUGAGGAAUCUUCAAGAGAGGCUGUUAAUAGGAUUUAUUUUGGUAAGUAAUUUACUUGCUCAUGGUUUUGAAAUGCUUUCCUUACUAUUAAAGCUAUAAAGCACAGCUGUCUUUAGUAUUAUGGAAUGCUCAUAGAAUACAAACUGGGAUCAGUGAUGACUGACUUUAAGACAACUACACAAUUUACUUCCACAUUUGGAAUAUAACUGCAUUUGCCAAUAUAUUAUUUUAUAUUCCUGUAUCAGAAUACCUAUUUAAAACUGUAGUCAAUUAAAUAGUGUUGCGUUGGCUCAUAACCACAAUCAUUUUACUGUCCUCAUCCUUAUGUUAUUUUCUGUCAUUAUUUAGGGAAACAAUCUGUCUUGAACAUUAUUUUCAUAUGCUAAUUCCUCUUGUUUUCUCUUGUUCCUAUUCCUCAUCUUUCUACUAUAUCUGCAGUUAAUUGUCCGUUUUUUAUAAACUAUACCUGUUGGAUUUUAUAUGGGUUUUAGUCCUUGAAAAGCAAAAGUGUAUUGAAGGUUUGGGCCUAUUGAUGACUGCAGAAUAAAAAAAUGUUUUCCUAAAUGUU